AUGGCUGACGCAGAACUCGACGCUAUUCGCAAAGCUCGUCUUGAGCAGCUCAAGGCGCAAGGUGGGGCAUCUGGCGCCGGCAGCGCUGGAAGCGCGGGCGGAGGUCAGGGACAGAACCAGGAGGCGCAACAGCAAGCAGAGUCCGAAGCACGCAGCCACAUCCUGAACCAGAUCCUGCAUCCCGAGGCGGCCGACCGUUUGGGCCGCAUCCGGCUCGUCAGGGAGGACCGCGCCACCGACGUCGAGAACCGGCUGAUUAUGCUCGCCCGGAGUGGACAGCUGCGCCAAAAAGUCACCGAAGAGCAGCUCAAGGAGUUGCUCGAGGCUGUUGCCGAGACCUCGCGCGAAAAGGAGAAGAUUGUCGUGACCCGAAGGAAGGGCUGGGAGGAUGAGGACGAUGACGACUUUUUCGACUAA